GUCGUGUAUGCGUCGCUGUUCGACGACGCGUGCCGCGUGCUUGAGACCAACCGCGAGCACGUCGACCGCAACCGCGAGGCCAUCCGUGAGCAGCUGGGCGCGGCGCUGGCCGGCGCGGCUGGCAGCGGCAGUAGCGGCAGCAUGCCCGGCAUGAUCGGCGACUUGGACGAUCUCUACGCCGAAACGGGCCACUCGCAACGCCGCAAGCCUGGGGCCGGUCGCUUUACCGCGAGGAAGCAGCGCAAACGCACCGAAAAUAACCCUGGCAGCCGCGAUGACAACGGCGAGGAUGAUGACAAUGACGAUGAUGACUUUGACGCGCUGUAUGACGAGGACGAGGGCGAGGACGCCGGCGCCGAUGGCUCUGUGCCUUCCAGCAAGGCGCCUGCAGAGUCACCCGGCGACACCGCUGACAAUGCUGACGGCGAGGGCGUGCGUGGUGAGAGCCCAAUGUACGCGCUCGUGGCGCUGGCAAACGGAGACCUCAGCGUCUUCCGGCUACCACACUUUGACCGCGCAUGGACGACGGCGCGCUUCGACAGCCUGGCGGACACCUUGGUGGACACCUUGGCGGCCAGCGCGCCGAUGGCCGAGCAGGAGAGCAGGGCUGAGUCGCGGAUCGACCAGUUCCGGCUGGUGCAGCUAGGCGGUGACGACAUUUCCACGGCGCUCCUUGUUGUGCUGACAACGGCCGGCGAGCUGGCCGUCUACCGCGCCUUCAGCCACUGCUCGCCCGAGUACGCCAAGGCCGUGGUCGAGCAAGCAGCGCCGGCGGCAGCGGCUGGAACGGCAGCCGCUGCCGCAGCGUGUGGGGACGACACGGGGCUGGCGCUGCGGUUCACGCGCGUGGCGCACGAUGUGCUGGCCUACGAGCCCGACUACGAGCGGCGCGUGCAGCGUGUGCAGGCGCGCCAGACACGCGUGUUCGACGCGUGGACGCGUCGCGAUCGCGAGCGGAUGGCGCGCGAGGCAAAGGCGCAGGCGCGCGCCAAGCAGCAGCAGCAUCGCGAUGCGGCGGUGGCAGCCACGGCUGUCGACUGGGGCGAGUCCGAUGAGGACGAUGAGGCCGCCGAGGGCGGUCAGGAGCAGCCCGCGGCCGACGGCGGUGCGCACGAUGCAGCGGCAGCUGAGAGCGAUGCCGCCAAGGAUGGCGAUGGCGAUGGCGAUGGCGACGGCAACGACACCGCCAUGGGUGGCGAGGAGCAGAUGCCCGACCUUGAUCUGAUCGACGCGCAGAUCGGCGACCGCGCCGUGGCGCCCACGCGCAAGAUCACGGUGCUGGGCAACCUUGGCGGCUACGCGGCGGUCUUCGUCGCGGCGCUGCAGCCGGCCAUCGUGCUUGUCGGCGCCAAGCGCUACGCGCGCGUGCACCCGGUGCGCGUGCCGGCACGGCUGCCGGCCGUGCUGACCAGAAUUACGAAGGACGCCGAUGCCGCCGGGCUGCUGACGCCCUGGCAGCCGAUCGUCGGCACUGCGCGCUUCCACAGCGCCGCCUGCCCGCACGGGCUCAUCGCGCUGACGCAGGCCGGCACGCUUGUCAUCGGCGCGCUGCCUGCGCCCGCGUCGGCGGCCCUGCGCGGCGGCGUCGAAUUCGACGCGCCGUGGCCCGUGCGCUGCCUGCCAGUCGGCACGCGCCACGUGGGGCUUAGCGCGCUCGGCGGCGUGGUAUUCCACCGGCCGUCGGGCAGCUACGCCGUGGCGGCGGCUGUGCCCGAGCCGUUCGCGCUCAAGGAGCCGAACUGCGAGGUGGCGGCGCGCCAGGCGCUGGAGGACGGCGUCGACUCCGUCGAUGACACGCAGGUGAUCCCCGAGCACAAGCGCCGCGACGUGCGCACGACGUCGGCGCCGCCGCUGCAGCCGCACGCGCACGUCGACCUGCUGAGCCCCGUCACGUGGGAGACCGUCGACUCAUACGCGCUGGAGCGCAACGAGCACGUGGCAGCGCUGGAGUCGCUGGAGCUGGAGUCGGCGCAGAGCGUCGGCGGCCGGCGCGCAGUGGUGUGCGUCGGCACAGGCUUUGUGUUGGGCGAGGACGUGGCGUCGCGCGGCCGCGUGCUGAUCUUCGACGUCAUCGACGUCGUGCCGCUGCCGGGCCGGCCGCAGACGAACCGGCGGCUCAAGCUGCUGUGCCAGGAGGAGCUGCGCGGCACAGUGACGGCGCUGGGCGAGCUGCGCGGCAACCUGGCCGUGUCGGUCGGCUCGAAGGUGUUUGUGCGGUCGCUGCAGCGCAACGAGCAGCUGGUCAGCGUGGCCUUCCUCGACUGCGCGACGUGGGUGCGGUCGCUGGCCGGGCUCAACAGCCUGCUGCUGGUUGGCGACCUGACCGCCGGGCUGUGCCUCGCGGGCUUCCAGGACGAAGGCCCGACGCGCAUCCAGGUGCUCGCGCGCGACGCGUCCAGCCACCUGCCGAUCGAGCACGCCGAGUACGCCGUGCUGGGCCACCACAUGCAGCUGCUGGCCGCAGACACGCUGGGCGCGCUGCACUUCUUCAGCUACGCGCCGCACGAUGCGCAGUCGGCCGGCGGCCAGCGGCUGCUGCGCCGCGGCGAGUUCAACCUGCGCUCGCGCGUGGCGGCCGUGCGCCGGCUCGUCGGCAUGCCGCGGCUCGGCGCUGAGCCGAGCCAGCCGCAGCACGUGUGCCUGGUGGCCACGGCGGCAGGCGCUGUGCACGCCGUGUCGAUGGUGUCCGAGAAGACGUUCAAGCGGCUGCACCGCAUCACGACGCAGAUGGUGCACGCUGUGGCGCCGCUGGCUGCGCUCAACCCACGUGAGUUCCGUGCGGUGCCGCUGCAUCGGCGCCAGCACCACGCGCCGCGCCGCACUGUGCUCGACGCCGACCUGCUUGCGCCGCUGUUCGCGCAUGGCCCGCUUGAGCGCCAGCGCGACGCCGCCCAGCGCAACGGCACCACGCCUGACCGUGUGCUGCGCGACAUUGUCGAGACGGAGCGCGCAUUUGCCUUUUUUUGAGCGGCGGAACGGGCGCGAAACGCAACCACUGUCGAGAGAAAACCGAUCAUCGCUCGAUCAUCAACCGGAGCCUGGCCAUUAUCAAGGGAAAUCAGAUCUGGCGCCGGCUACGGGAGGGCCUGAUCGCCACUGCUUAGGCAGACUUGUGCCACCCAAAAUAGUACAGUAAAACGUGGAUUGGCGCACAGCAUCCGCCCGGUCUGGUCACACAUUCUCCCCCCAAAAUAAUAUAUAUUUUUCUCUAAAUGCAUUUUCUCCUCUUCAAUUGGGCCUUC